AUGUUGCGUGGGGUUGCUAAGGCCAGGAUACGGUGCUUGUCAACGUCCGCACCUAGAGGCUUCUUUUUCAAUUUACCCGACAAGAAGCUUGUGGAGAAGCAAGACGAACUCAAACCCACCUCGAAGUCAAAGGUUGUCUUUUUGAAUGAAAAGAACUCUCCAAACUAUAAGGCGUUCGACCCUGAAAGAGACACUCCAGGAUUCAGAGUGAACCAGUGGAAAGACAAAGUUGUGCAAAGAAAAGAGAUUGAGGGAUCGUAUACUGCGGAGGAAGUGACGAACAUAAUGAACGAAACUUUUGAGGAACUUCAGGGUCUGAGGCCGAGCAGCUUCGACGGUAAAGAUUUGCACGAUCUAGAAUUCAGAUUCAAGUACUGCAAGCGUUUACAGCAGAAAUUGGGCUUCGAUCUCUCGGAUUAUCUCAUCACCAGGUCACACAGUUUGCAGGACUUGUUGGAAGAAGUAAAAAUGAUGGUGACUCACAGGUGGUCGAGUGAAAGAAACCCUAACGCUGUGGUUUUGCGUCCAGAGGACUUUGCUGACGCUCCAAAUGUAUAUUUGAACAGGGAGCUUCUGGAGAAAGCGCAGCAAAAGUUGUUCAAGCAGAAGUUGAAAGAGGCUCAGGCUCAAGGGUAA